AUGCCGAUAGCCGUGUAUUUGAGAGUAAAGCCAUCCGCAGAGGUUUCACUAAAAGAAUUUCUCCACUUUGGAGAUAAUCAGCAGAGGGUCGUUCAGAUUGAAAAUGAUCUCCUGGGAACACCUUUAUAUACAAUUAAUAAUCAGCUGCAGACAGUGGACUAUAAAUUUGAAAAAAUUUUCUAUAAUGCAUCACAAGAAGAAAUUUAUCAGAUUACAGCAAGUCGUUUAAUAACGGAUGCAUUAUCAGGAAUAAAUGGAACUAUAAUGUGUUAUGGACAGACAGGAGCUGGGAAAACGUAUACAAUGAGUGGAUUAUCCCAGUUAUAUGAUGAUCGUGGAAUUAUACCCAGGGGGAUUGCACACUUAUUUGAAGAAAUUCAAAACAGGUCGACUCUUUCAAUUACUGUAAAAUUAUCAUAUUUUGAAAUAUACAAUGAACAAAUUAUUGAUCUGUUGAAUGAUAUUUCAACGAGUAAAACUGUGCGUAAACAAUCACCGGAUUUAUUACAAAUAGCUGAAUCUAAUGAUCAGGUUUAUAUCAAAGGAUUGAAGUGUAUCACUGUGAAUAAUGUAGAAGAAGCGUUGACUGUAUUAUUCGAGGGUGAAUUGAAUCGGACAACUGCAUCACAUGCACUGAAUCGUUCAUCGUCCCGUUCACAUGUUAUACUAACAGUCUACCUGGAAAUAGUUGAUCCCAUGGAUAGUAGUGAUGGAUAUACGAGAUAUAGUAAAAUUCAUUAUGUGGAUUUAGCUGGUUCAGAAAGGCUAAAAGGAGUUCAGACAACUGAUAAACUUUUCAAGGAAGCAACCUACAUCAAUCGAUCGUUAACAUUUCUUGAACAGACUAUUUUGGCCUUAUCUGACCAGUCAAGAGAUUAUAUACCCUAUAGACAAUCGAAGUUAACACAUUACUUGAAAAAUAGUAUUGGCGGACGUUGUCAAACUAUCCUAAUAGCAAAUGUAUGGAAUAAAUAUGAGUAUUUAAAUGAAACAUUGUCUACGUUAAGAUUUGCAAGUCGAGCCAUGUCAGUUCCAUGUAAACCUGUUGUCAAUCAAUUCCGUGAUCCUAUGGCAAUCAUAAAGAACUUGGAAAAUUCGAAUAACGGUUUACUGCGAGAGUUACUUAUGUAUGAUAUAUUAAAUAAUCGUGGACAAAUAAAUUAUGAACCAUUGACAGAAAAACAAAAACAUAAAUUACGCAAUUCUGUUGUCAAAUAUUUAAACAAUGAAGUCAAAGAUUUAGAGAUCGUAAAUCUUUAUCAAUUGAGGGAAACAUUUGAAGUAUUUAAACAAAUAAAUAAAUCGCUUCAGACUCAACUGGAUGAAGCUAAAGAACAGCUAAGCAGACAAAGCGACUAUACUGGCAGUCGGUCACCUACAACGGUAGCCGUUUCAACAAUUUCCAGCGGUUCUCGUAGUGGUGGCACCGGAGGUGGUGGUGGCAGUGGAACUGGUCCAGCUUCAAAACUACCCAGUAGUAAUUCGAAUAUUAGCGGAUCGAAACGACAGACAAAUAUCACGUUGAAUAAUGAACCAAUCACUGGGAAAUCUGCACAGAAUGUUAAUUUUAAAGAGAAAUCUUCGGUGGUUAAUCAAGUUGGUGAAUUAGAUCCUGCCUCGGGAAGAGGUUUUCUACCGCCAAUCGAUCAAUCCUCCACUGGGGAUAAGGCUACAUCGAAUCUUACAUUAAUGACAGAUGGAGCAUUUUUACAGGCUAAACGCAAGGAAAAGAAACAAUCUGUUUCAAAUAUUAAACUUGGCAGUAUUACUAAUACUACAAUCAACGAACCGAUGGAUACAGAAGUUCCCAGUUUAUCCGGUCCACCGAAUAAGUAUGAUGCGUUUGAAGAGUUUAAACGUGAACCUGGCUCUGAGUUGUUCAAUAUUUAUCAAGGAAAUAAAAGCUUACUAAAAGAAAAACAUGAAGAAGGAUUAAAAAUUGCUCAAGAUAUUAAUCACAUUAAGUCUCAAAUGACUGAAUUACAAGAGCAAGUGAACAAAUUGAAGACAGAAAGAGAAUUACAAGGAUUAAUUCAAACGGUUGAAAAUCAAUCAAUCAUAACAGAGGAAGAAUAUAAUCUGUUGAAACAAAUUCAAACAUUAAAAGAAAAUUAUAAAGCCAAAUAUCCUGAAUGGUUAAACAUCAAAGAAACUAUUCAGUACUGUAAAGAUAUGGUUGAUCAAUGUCAAAUACGUUUAUUACAAGAGUUUGAAAAUUGGUACCAACAGUGUUUUAAUGAGUCAGUCAAUCAAUGCGAUCUUGAGGUGGGUAUUCCAACGAGAACAGAUGCAUCGCAUGCAAACACUAUAACAAAUAACAAUAGUAGCAAUAUGAAGAAGGCAUUAAUAGAUGUCAGCUACAAUGAAAAAGAGAAACCAUGCAUCAGUACACAAAACUCUGAAAAAGAUUAUCUAGAUGAAUUCCAGCAAAUUCAAGAGAACAAUUUAUCAGGUCGUAAAGGAUUGUUAUCGUAUGAACGCGCUAAGGAGACGGUUGCUUACAAACAAAUUUAUCAAAGAAAAGAACAAUCGCAUGCUCAGAAAUUCUAUCGUACAUAUAAAUUCCGAUCAAUACUACAGCCGACUACAACCAGAUUCAUCAAUGAGUCAAUAUUAAAACAAGGAAAAUAUUGUAACGCGAUUUUAACCUCUUGACUUAUUCUUACUUUUUCGAAUUGAACACCCUGAACAAAAACAUUUCUAGACAAAUUGUGCUGAUGUCGAUUAAUUAUGCAGUGUGAAACAACUAGCCCAUAUUCGAAUAUUCACUAUCGGAAGCAUAUUGAUGUUAAACAGAUACUGAUGAUAACCAACCAUACAACAGCUAACGUAAAAAUUAGGGAGUGAACGAGUGAUUUAUAUCAUUUUGGGUUAUAUUAACCUCCUGACAUCAUUAUAUUGUAAUUAGGUUUUUGUAGAUUAUAUUUAUAC